ACAGAGCGCCCUGUGUGGAUGCGGCGAAACGCUGAGGCGCGGCCAUUUGCUGUCUGGAGGGGACUCACGAGACCGACGUCAAGAUGAUGCUUUCAAGGGCCAAACCUGCUGUAGGCAGAGGCGUACAGCCCACUGACAAAAGAAAGAAGAAAGUUCAAACGUCAUGUUGGGGAAGAAGAAGAGGAUACUAAUUUGUGGAUUGGAUAUUGUGCCUUUCACCUGGGUGACUACAAGAGAGCUCUGGAGGAAUACGAAAAUGCUACAAAAGAGGAAAAUUGUAAUUCUGAAGUCUGGGUGAACCUAGCUUGCACCUACUUCUUUCUUGGGAUGUAUAAACAAGCUGAAGCAGCUGGAUUUAAAGCUUCAAAAAGCCGACUCCAAAACCGCCUCCUCUUCCACUUGGCUCACAAGUUUAAUGAUGAGAAAAAAUUGAUGAGCUUUCAUCAGAAUCUUCAGGAUGUCACAGAAGAUCAACUCAGUUUGGCCUCAAUCCACUAUAUGCGAUCUCACUACCAAGAAGCUAUUGAUAUAUAUAAGCGAAUACUGCUAGAUAACAGGGAAUACCUUGCCCUCAAUGUUUAUGUGGCCCUCUGCUACUACAAGUUGGAUUACUAUGAUGUGUCUCAAGAAGUUUUGGCUGUUUACCUUCAGCAAAUUCCUGAUAGUACCAUCGCACUCAAUCUUAAAGCCUGUAAUCAUUUUCGCCUUUACAACGGCAGAGCAGCUGAGGCAGAACUCAAAAGCUUGAUGGACAACGCUUCUUCAUCCUUUGAAUUUGCUAAAGAACUCAUCAGGCACAAUCUGGUUGUUUUCCGAGGAGGUGAAGGGGCUUUGCAGGUUUUACCUCCCCUAGUUGAUGUCAUUCCUGAAGCUAGGCUAAACUUGGUGAUUUACUACCUUCGUCAAGAUGAUGUACAAGAAGCUUAUAACUUAAUUAAGGAUCUGGAACCUACUACUCCUCAGGAGUAUAUUCUCAAAGGAGUGGUCAAUGCAGCCCUUGGCCAGGAAAUGGGUUCAAGGGAUCAUAUGAAAAUUGCCCAGCAGUUCUUCCAGUUGGUGGGAGGAUCAGCUAGUGAAUGUGAUACAAUACCAGGGAGGCAGUGCAUGGCUUCCUGUUUCUUCCUGCUUAAGCAAUUUGAUGAUGUCUUGAUUUACCUCAACUCAUUUAAGAGUUACUUCUAUAAUGAUGACAUCUUUAACUUUAAUUAUGCCCAAGCCAUAGCUGCAACAGGCAAUACCAGUGAGGGUGAAGAGGCAUUCCUCUUGAUCCAAAGUGAGAAGAUGAAAAAUGAUUACAUUUACCUCAGCUGGUUAGCUCGGUGCUAUAUUAUGAAUAAGAAACCAAGACUAGCCUGGGAACUUUAUCUUAAGAUGGAAACCUCUGGCGAGUCCUUCAGUCUCUUACAGCUCAUUGCUAAUGACUGCUACAAGAUGGGCCAGUUUUACUAUUCUGCCAAAGCUUUUGAUGUCCUUGAGAGGCUGGAUCCCAACCCUGAAUAUUGGGAAGGCAAAAGGGGUGCCUGUGUGGGCAUUUUCCAGAUGAUCGUAGCUGGGAGAGAACCCAAAGAGACCCUUCGAGAAGUGCUCCAUUUACUGAGAAGCACAGGUAACACCCAAGUAGAAUACAUGAUCCGGAUCAUGAAGAAAUGGGCCAAAGAAAACAGAGUGCCCAUCUAAAAUAGCUCCAGCAUCCUAGGAACCAGCUUCUACUUUGGCAUGAAACUGGAAAUCGUUUUCACUCCAGUUUAAUCUGUGAUACAGGGCUCUGUUUUAUUGACAUUUUCCAUCCUUGCUCUUUAAGCCUCAAGGUCAGAGACUGACUUGCUGAGACCUAGUCUCCUGGCUGAACAGAGUGCCAUAGUCUGUGACCCUGUAUGAUCCUACUAGCAAUAAGACUUUGGACUUAUCUGGUGCCUUUCUUCCAAAAAUGCUCAGAGUACUUUUAUAUAAUUUACUGACUUUAAGGAAAACAGUAUAACUUUUUUUUGUUAGUGUUUUAUGGCAUUGUCCCCUGGCUGCAAUAACAAACGUCUUUGAUGUUCAAGAAUCAGCAUCAUUCUAUCAUUUAACUUUAAGGCUUCUCUGUACAUUAUCCCAUUUUUUUGGGGAAUUCCAUAAAGGGUUUUAUAACUGCACCUCUGAAUCUUGGGAGAAUAACUAGCUAUGUGAUUCUAAGAAUAGCAGUAAGUUCCUUUAUCAAACGGUCCAGUCAUUAAUAGGAUAGAUUUAUGAGAUUUCUCUUUCAGUAAUUAAAUUGUUGAUGAUAAUAACGUGUUACAGUGCAGUAAGAUGAAUAUUGCAGUGUUUUAAAAGGUGAGUACUAUGAAAAAAAUUGCAGUACCUCUAAAGGUAUUCAAGAAACAAUGUUUAUGAAUCUCACUAGUCCAUUCUAUUUUGGUACCAUAAUAUUUUAGGUAACAAAGCAGGUUAGGUUUUUGUUCAUGUAUCUUUCUGAACAAACAUCCGUUUUGAAAGUAGGGCUACAGUGAUUAUUUAUAUGCAUUAUGGGCACUUAUUAAUAUAACAAUAAUAAAACAUGAAUUGUGUAAAGUCCUCUGAGGGAACCUCCUAAUGGCUAGGCUGUCUGUCAUAAGUCAUAUUCCAGCCCAUGUUUCUGAGCUCUUAUAAACCUACUAUAUAACUGAGCAUUCUUAAGCUCACAACCUAUUUCCAGAAAACAGACCCACAUCUUUCUAUGUUUUAUACUACCUUUGUUUUUACACCAUAUAGUUUUUUUCUGUUAGUUUAAGGUACCUAGUGUUACAGGUCUAGAAAGUGCAGAGCCAUCCCUACUUAGAAGAGAAUAGAUGAGAAGAGAACAGAAAGAAAGAAUUCCUCAAGCACUGAAGUCAGGAAAAUCCCCAUAGGUACUGUAUUAGCUGUUCCACUUAUCCCAGCACUCCACUUGUGGAUGAAGGAGUUGUAUAGAAAGGAGGUGAGAAAAUGGCAGGAGUGAAAGCAGCCAAGAAGAGAUCAAUGACUGAAGAUCGCCUUCACCUUCAGGACUGUCACAAGGGGUUAUUUCACCUCUACUUGGGAAGAUGGCCAGUUUUUCUGUCUUUUAUCUUAGACCCAUAUAUAAUCAGCUCAGAUUUGAUAAAAAAUGAGAUUUGAUAAAUCUCAUUUAUCAAAAUAAACUGGCCUAAAUAACUGAAUUCUAGAAAGCAAAGCUACAUCUUUUUUCAUAUGCCAAAGCUUCUGUUUCCUCAUGUUGUUCUUACUUUUUAAAUAAUAAAUGGCUCUCGGCAUCUUAGGAACUAGAUGGGGUCCCAUCUAGGUAGAACCUGCUAUAAUUUUUAGAAUCAUUCUUGUAAUUCUUACCUCACUUAAAAUAUUAGGAAACACAGUAAUAGAAAAAGACAGGCAGAACUUGUCAGCAGGUUUUCACAGUGAAAUUUGUCUUCCAGUGAAUUGCUAUUAUUUUCAAAUUGCCUGUAGUCGAAAAGCUUUUCCAUUGAUGGAGGUUUACUUUCAAAUGAGCUUUUGUUGAAUUCAACACUCUAGAUUCUCUCUGACAUUUUCCUGUUUUUUGGGGGGGAAAAAAAGCAGAUAUUCCAAAAAUGGCAGAAAUCUGAGUUUUGUAAACUUUUUAUCUAUGUUUUUUAUCUCCAAAAAACAUACAUAAAGAAAGGUACCAUCUCAUUCUGUUAUUAAAGAUAGCUACUUCUGAAAUGUCUUAACAGAGUUUCAAGAUUGCAAAGUAGUAUUGCACAGCUGGUUUUCUUACAUGUGAUGAUAGAGGAGAGAGGAAGACCCAGACUUAGGCAUGUAGUGAAAUAUGUACAGUUUCUAGCAUCAGUGUACUAUUUAUAGUCUAUAGCCUACAUUACUUGCAAAUGGUAAAAAUAUCUUAUAAUUAUUUUUGUACCUCAAAAUAAUUAUUAUAUUCUACUGUAUUAUUCAAAUUAAAGUUUAUUAUUUGAUUCUUA